AUGUCUGGGCAACCUGUCCUCUUCACGGACACCGAUUCCGAGAGCACCGCAUCCUCAGUGCCCAGCGAGCUGAAAAUCCGGAAGCUGCCAGUGGGGAUCAUUCUGUUGGUGGAGCUAUGCGAGAGGCUCACCUACUACACUUUGGCUGGCACGCAAAAGACCUAUCUUCAGAACCAGUUGGACAAGGCUCCGUCCAGCUCCGCAGCACUGAAUUCCGUGUUCAGUAUGCUUUGCUACUUUUGGUGUAUCCCAGGUGGACUGGUGGCGGAUUCCAUUGGUCGUUAUAAGACCAUCAUCAUGGCUGGAUCCGUUUAUGCCGUGGGCACCGUGUGCGUGGGCCUGGCCGUGGUCCAUGAUCUUCAGCAAUCCCUGGGUUGGCUUUUCAUGUUUGGAUCUCUGGUCCUCAUUGCUGCUGGAACAGGCGGCAUCAAGCCAAACAUUGCCAACUUCGGAGCGGAUCAGAUCGGAGACCUCACGGAGCGCCAAAGGGAGUGUCAGAAGACCUUCUUCUCGCUCUUCUACCUCUCCAUCAACGUGGGGGUGCUCGUGGCCUUCGGGUUCCUCACCAACAUCACCACGGCGGGGCUGCCGGGCGUGGUCUCGCAGGCGGAGGGCUACUCCUUCGCCUACGGCUCCGGGGCCGCCAGCAUGAUCCUGGCGGUGAUUUUGUUCGUCGCCUUCACGUCGUCGUACAAGCGCGAAGCCGGUAGCGGCCUGGGGCCUGUCAAGGCCUUGGUGAAGUACCAGAUGCACUCCGUGCUGAACGGCGGGGGGUGGCGUGCCAUUAUGUCCUUGCUGGGCUUCCUGUGUUUGCCCUGCUUUUUCCUGUGCACUUUGGCUUCCACGCUGCUGGCCAGCCCCUCUCACAGCGCCAGCUCCGAAGUCUUCGUCGACCCCUGCGCUUCUCAGCUGGCGCCGGCUUCGGCGCCCCCACGGAUGCUGCACGGCGGGGGCGGAGGCAGCGCGUUGCUGGACAACGCCGCGUUGGGCCUGGGCAGCUGCGCCUGCAUUUUCCUGGUGGUGGCCAACAUGAGCUGCACUUGGGUCCGAGAGCUGAAUGAGGAGAAGGCCAGCUUCACAUCCAACGACGCCAAGCAGUUCUUCGCAGCCAUCCCCAUGAUCAUCGUGGUGAACAUCGCCUUCAACUUGUGCUACAACUCCAUGAACAACGCCUUCCCGUCCCAGGCAUGUCAGAUGGACCUGAGGUUGGGCAAUACUCAGCUGAACGGGGCCUUCUUCAAUAUCGCGGAUGCCUUCGCCAUCAUCAUCUUCACCCCGCUCUUCGAGACCUGCCUCUAUCCUAUGAUCGCGAAAAUCAAGGGCUCCCCCGUCCGAUUGGGGCAGAAGAUCAUUGCAGGCCUGCUGAUCGCCGCUGCUUCCAAUGUCUCAGCAGCGCUGCUUGAGGAUAAGCGCAAGGCGGCGCCCUACCUUUGUGGCCCUGAUAUCGGGUUUUCGCAGUGCGCCCCCGGGUACAGCGAGGAUGGCCUUGAGGGCACGCGCAUGAAGGAUAUCAGCGCCUUUUAUAUCUUCCUGCCGUUCACAUUGGUGGGCAUAGCUGAGAUCCUGGUGAACCCUUGCAUGUACUGCUUCUCCUACGAAGCCGCUCCCAUGGAGCUGAGGUCCUUGUUGCAAGCGGUGAACUUAUUCUUCUCAGGCUCCGUCUCCAACGCCUUCACCGCGGUGGUCGCCAAGAUGGCGUAUCCCAACAGCCUGGAUGACGGCAAUCUGAACAAGUACUACUACAUCAACGUGGUGAUUUCCAUUUUGGGCAUCGGGGUCUACUUCAUCGUCACCCGCUGCAACCACGGCCGCGAAAUGAAGAAAGUGGUUAAGACGGAAAUCAUGGAGGCAUGCGGUGCCGAAAGUGACGGCGAGCUCUGA